CGUGAAGUAGAGAGACAUUGUCGACUGUAACGUGUCACUGACUAUCCUGAGGAUUACUGCAUCUACCAUACAAGGAGAGAAGACCAAGCAGUGAAAAAAGAAGGCCAAGAUAUGCCACCGAAGAAGACAAGAAGUAGGAAGAUACUGGCAGCCACCCCCUCCAAGUGGCCUGCUGAGGUGACAAACCCACCCAAUGUCAUGUACUCGAUGGAUCGACCAUGGGUACAGGAGCAGUUUCCUCAGAUGAACAUCACCUGUCCACCGCCCAUCACUGGAAAUCAGCCACAGCAAUCGACGUCAUUUGCCGAACUGCACGACAUCUCGUCCAGCCAGAUGCUCGCCUCCGACUCCUUCUCCUCCUUGCUGGGUCAGAUCCGUCAGUCACAGGACGACAACAAGAAUAGACAAGACCAGUGAAAAUGUUUUGUAUUUUUCAGCAA